AUGUUGGCCUGUCGGCAGACCUUUGGACCACUUCCUGUGGCAGGAGAUGCGUGUUGUCAGAGCGACAGUGGCGCUGUAGUUUGUCGCACGGCCGCUUGUCUGGCGGGCGCGCCGUGGAUGAGCCGCGGUGGACGCUGCAAGAAGCGGACAGCCGCCGUGCUCAGCCUACCUGAACGGAACCAGCCCGGCUGGCCGUGCCGCGGGCACGUGCACGCAGCGGCCAGCGGCGCCACACAAAAAGUCCCUCUGCUUUUCCCCGCUCUGUGCCGCGGCGUGCUGGUCUCUUUGCACGCGCUGCCGCCAUUGUCUCCUAGCGGCCACGCCCUGCAGGCGGACAGGGCCGCGUGUCCUUUCUCUGUUCUGGCCGCCGCGACGCGCCGUGCUCUACAGUCCUCUGGAAGGACCAAUUUGGUCCGCGGCGGGUUCCAGCCGCGCCUUCCGACUUCGCUGCCGCCCCCAGGACAGCAGCAGCAGCCGUCGCCGCUACCACGCCGACAGCCCGUCCCGUUGAUGCCUCCCGCGCAGCUUCAUCCGGGAGCGCCCCAGGUGGUCGCUCCGGCGCCUGCGGUCCCUCUUCAGUCGCCACCGCCUUCGGAGCUGAUGGACGUCGACCCCUCAGCCGGGUCGCCUUCCCAAGCGGUGGCUGUGCAGCCUGUCCUGCAGCCGCUUUCCUUGGGCACCCCCAAGGAGUCUGACACCGCAGCGCCUUGUCCGGCGCGCCGGCCGAAGUGGCCGUGCGAUUUGGUCCGCGGCGGGUUCCAGCCGCGCCUUCCGACUUCGCUGCCGCCCCCAGGACAGCAGCAGCAGCCGUCGCCGCUACCACGCCGACAGCCCGUCCCGUUGAUGCCUCCCGCGCAGCUUCAUCCGGGAGCGCCCCAGGUGGUCGCUCCGGCGCCUGCGGUCCCUCUUCAGUCGCCACCGCCUUCGGAGCUGAUGGACGUCGACCCCUCAGCCGGGUCGCCUUCCCAAGCGGUGGCUGUGCAGCCUGUCCUGCAGCCGCUUUCCUUGGGCACCCCCAAGGAGUCUGACACCGCAGCGCCUUGUCCGGCGCGCCGGCCGAAGUGGCCGUGCGAUUUGGUCCGCGGCGGGUUCCAGCCGCGCCUUCCGACUUCGCUGCCGCCCCCAGGACAGCAGCAGCAGCCGUCGCCGCUACCACGCCGACAGCCCGUCCCGUUGAUGCCUCCCGCGCAGCUUCAUCCGGGAGCGCCCCAGGUGGUCGCUCCGGCGCCUGCGGUCCCUCUUCAGUCGCCACCGCCUUCGGAGCUGAUGGACGUCGACCCCUCAGCCGGGUCGCCUUCCCAAGCGGUGGCUGUGCAGCCUGUCCUGCAGCCGCUUUCCUUGGGCACCCCCAAGGAGUCUGACACCGCAGCGCCUUGUCCGGCGCCCACUCAGCAGCCGUCGACGCAGCGUCGGGAGACGCUGCCUCUCUUCGUGGGUCCCGACGCCCCGUCGCGUCCAGUACCAGAAGCUGCGCCCGUGGUCACAGGCGUGCACCCUGAUCUCGGUUUUCAGUCGGUGUUUCCCGAGGCCCCGCGCAGCCAAUGCUGGGGUGCGGACCGGGGACUGCCACCGACAACAGUCUCCGCCCCGCCAUUAAUCGUGAAAGAAUCUAGCAGCACACAGGUCACCUGCUGCGGCAUCCGACCGCUGCCUGGUGGAGGUCUACACAGUGCCUGA